AGAAUUAAAACGCGCAAGUUAUUCAAUUAAUAUCGGAUAAAAAAAUAAUUGAAAACAAUAUCACAAAACUACUUGAGCAGUAGAGUAUAUAUCCAUUAUGAGCGAAAUAAAAGUACAAGUAGGUGAAGGAAAAUUGGUCGGAGUCGUCGUAGAUGGCUACAACGUUCGUUAUUUUGCCUUUCGCGGAAUACCAUAUGCCAAACCUCCAGUUGGCGAACUUAGAUUUAAGGAUCCAGUACCAGCGGAACCAUGGUCUGGUGAAAGAGACGCGUCAAAGUACGGAAACAUAGCUGUUCAAGUAGAGUUUGUCACACACAAAGUUAUAGGAAAUGAAGAUUGCCUUUAUUUAAAUGUAUAUACCACAAAAAUCGAAUCCUCGAAAAAGCGUCCGGUAAUGGUAUGGAUACACGGUGGUGGGUUUAUUAUAGGUUCCGGUGAUGCAGCUUGGUACGGUCCUGAUUAUAUCGUGCAAAAAGAUGUAGUACUGGUUACUCUAAAUUAUAGAUUAGGCGUUCUAGGUUUUCUAAACCUCAACGAUAAAAUGGCAGCAGGUAAUCAAGGUCUGAAAGAUGUAAUCUUAGCAUUAAAAUGGGUUCAAAAAAAUAUAUUAAAAUUUGGUGGAGAUCCAGGAAAUGUCACUAUUUUUGGAGAAAGUGCUGGUGGAGCCAUUACACAUUUUCUAGCUCUGUCUCCAUUAGCUAAAGGUUUAUUCCAUAAAGUGAUCGCACAAAGUGGCGUUAGUUCAAAUCCUUGGGCCUUCCAUGAAUGGACGGACCAUGGUUUUCGGCUUGCCAAAAAACUUGGUAAAGCAACAUUAGAUCCGAAAGUCGCGUACGAGUUCCUAAAAACUAUUGAUGCGAAAAUACUUACGGAAAAUUCACAAUGGCCAAUUUGCACAGAAGCAGAGAAAUUGAGUUUUACCUUCUGCUUCACACCUAGUCUGGACACCAAAUCACCAAAUCCAGUUUUUCCUAAACAUCCAAAGGAAUAUAUAAGCCACGGGGUUCAAGUGCCCUUUCUUUUAGGAUUUAAUCGUAACGAAGGGAUAUUUGUAUUAUGUAGCGACUUUUUUGGAGAUAUAAGCAAGGAAGAUUUGGAAAAAGUAAAUGCUGAUUUUAAAAAAGCAAUAUUAUCAAACGUAUUAUCCGAAUUACCUAAAAUAGGAAUUACAGUCGAGGAAUUAAGAUCUUUAUAUUUUGGAAAAAGAGAAAUAUCAGAAGAAACUUUGAUCAAUUAUGCGUAUUUC